UACAAACCAAAUCACAGUAAUAAAGUCUCAAUAAUUCAAAUCAAGUUCCACAACCAAAAAGGAUUUCAAGUUUACUUUUUUGUUUGUUGUUCCCCAAUCCAUACCUAGUCAUUGGCCAACGAGUCCAUAUCUACUGUUUGCUUCAAUUUAUUUUAAAAUGUGUUUUCUCAAUUCUUAUUCAGCUACGUAGAUGUUACUAUUCAUGGAAUCUCUUACUAUGAUUGAUUUUAUCACCUGUUACUUAUUUCAUCAAAUGGGAGUUAAGCCUCGGGUAUUUUGAAUUUGUGUUCCUUAGGUAUUAGUUUAUUCCAUCUUACAAUCACAUGUAACCUUUCACAUCGCUCCCUUAACGUGAAUCGCAAUGAGCGGACUUCUCUACAAAUAGGUGGGUGUGUCACUUUUUCAUCACUCACCAAAAACUAUGGGUGGUAGAUUUUACCCUACCCAUUCCGUGACGCCAACCCGAUUUGAGGUUCUAGUGAAGGAGACACUGAAAUGGAAGUAUGGACCAGGUGAAGAUGGAAAGGCCAAGUAUUCUAGUUUUAGAAUUACUUGCUGGUUGCAUUUGCUUUCAAGUCACCCUUCAAAUGUUUGGUCCCUCCCUUUGUCUAAAAAGUACAAUCUCUUUUUAACUUGCGGAAAAGAAUGCAAUAAGGGAAAAGAAAAUGCAAUGUAUUCAAGCAAGAGGAGUUAAAAGUAAAGUUAAUCAAACGAAAGAAAAAUGGGAAACUGCUUGCAUGCUUAAAAGACAGUACAUCAACGCUUAAGUAAAAAGUUAAUAAAACGAAAGAAAAAAAUUCUGCAAAAGAGAAGCGUUUACUCAUCAUUUUCAGGAGGAUAGAUGCAUAUAACCAGUGGCGGAUUCAGAAAUUUUAAAUAGGGGUGUCCUUUUAAAAAAAAUUAAAAAUUAAAUCAAAUCAUUAUUAAAUAUGAAAAUAUUCAACUAGUAAAAGUUAGAAUAAAAGUUCAAACAUGUUCUGUAUUAUGAAAGAAUGGUAAAAUACAUUCGGUGUAUACGACAUAUCCUACUAGACAAGGGUAACCCGUAAUUGGGUUUAAUCGUUAGGUUUUGAAAAUAAUUGGGGAUAAGAAUAGUCUUUUACUAUUAUAUUUUGAUCUAAAACAUAACUACAAAUGAGUUGUAGUAUAAUUGAAACUAUAUUUACUAAUAAUAGCAGUGUUCCCAAGUUCAAAUCACAUAGACCCUAUCACUUAAAUAUUAUUUGUACCCAUAUGCAGAAUACUAUAGGAGGUUGAAUAAUCAUUUUCCAUAUUUUAAGGGUGUUCCACUAUCACUAUUUUUUUUUACCCAUACACAAACUACUAUCGAAGGUUGGAUAAUCGUUUUUCCAAAUUUUAGAAGUGUCCCGGGACACCCCUAAACCUCCAUAUAUCCGCCCCUGCAUAUAACGACAUGCUUAUUUGAAGGUUGAUCAUGAAAUAGCAUCCACAAGGAAACACACAUCAUUAGGGGUUUCAAUGCGAUACAUAGUUUCCAAAUUGAUUGAUAUAAACGGUUGCUUGGUUCAUUUUUGUUCAAUUCAAGCAUUCUCAAACUAGCUAGCAGAGAAAUUAAUGUUGUCCUUUCUCUCCACGCAGCCUUUGAUCCCAAGCAAAGACCCACCAGUACUUGUGCGCCAUUUUUUUCAGGUCCAACUCCAACUCCAUAUAUAAAGUCUAAACCACUGACUAGCCAAUCUCCCAUCACACCUCAAGGAGAAGAAAAAAAAAUAUAAACAGGCGAUGGAGUUAGUUAAACUUGUUGUGCUUACAGCAUCACUCAUUUCAGUAGUUACCCUGAUAUUCCUUCCACCAGUCACCCCUCAGAGUCAGAACUAUGCCUGCGACAAAACAAAUCCUGAAACCGCACAAUUCAUAUUCUGCGACACAUCCUUGUCGUACGAGGACAGGGUGGAUGAUCUAAUCUCUCGGCUCACUCUACAAGAGAAAGUACAACAGCUUGGAAACCAUGCAGCAGGUGUCUCCAGGCUUGGGAUUCCGCAGUACGAGUGGUGGUCGGAAGCUCUACACGGUGUCUCAGACGUAGGGUACGGUGUGAAAUUCAAUGCCACAGUGCCAGGAGCAACCAGCUUCCCUGCUGUGAUAAUGUGUGCUGCUACUUUCAACGAGACACUAUGGCUAAAGAUGGGGGAGGUGGUGUCUACUGAGGCUCGAGCCAUGCACAAUGUGGGUCAAGCAGGUCUCACGUUUUGGAGUCCAAAUGUGAAUGUGUUUCGUGACCCCAGAUGGGGCCGCGGUCAGGAGACACCUGGGGAGGAUCCUCUGCUGGUUUCAAGGUAUGGUGUGAAUUAUGUAAAGGGAUUGCAGGACACUGGAGAAGGGGUGAGUGGCGGCGGUCAUAAUAGUAGGCUUAAGGUUUCAAGUUGCUGCAAGCACUAUACUGCUUAUGAUCUUGAUAACUGGAGAGGCAUCGACCGGUUUCACUUUGAUGCUAAGGUGACAAAGCAGGACAUGGAGGAUACGUAUCAGCCACCAUUCAGAAGCUGUGUGGAAGAAGCGCAUGUUAGCAGUGUGAUGUGUUCUUACAAUAGAGUGAACGGGAUUCCGACUUGUGCUGAUCCCGAAUUGCUGCAAGGAUUUGUGAGAGACCAAUGGAAGCUUAAUGGGUACAUAGUUUCAGACUGUGAUUCCGUUGAGGUUUACUACAACACUAUUCACUACACGACCACACCAGAAGAUGCAGUGGCCCUAGCAUUGAAAGCUGGCCUAAAUAUGAACUGUGGUGAUUUCCUACCAAAGUAUACAGAAAAUGCUGUUAACUCAAACAAAGUAGAUGAAUCAACUGUAAACCAAGCGUUGAGUUACAAUUACAUGGUACUUAUGAGGCUAGGUUUCUUUGACGGCAAUCCGAAAUCCCUCCUUUUUGGUAACCUGGGACCGUCUGAUGUAUGCACAGAUGAUCAUCAGCAACUAGCACUUAGUGCUGCUAGGCAAGGGAUUGUUUUAUUGAAGAAUAAAGGCGCCCUCCCUUUGUCUAACGACACAAUCAAGAAUUUUGCGGUUAUAGGACCAAAUGGAAAUGUCACCACCACUAUGCUAAGUAACUAUGCUGGCGUGCCAUGUAAAUUUACCACACCACUUGAAGGGCUCGCAAAGUACAUCUCAAAAGCACUUUCUUAUGAGCCCGGUUGUGGUUCGAUUAGCUGCCCUAAUAGGACAGGAAUUGCUGCAGCCACUAAGGUUGCUGCUACAGCUGAUGUUGUACUGCUGAUUGUGGGACUCGACCAGUCUAUGGAGAGAGAAGGUCUAGAUCGAGACAACUUGAUACUACCUGGAUACCAAGAAGAACUCAUCAAUAGUGUUGCUGAUGCAACAAACGGUGUUGUGGUUCUUGCAAUCAUGUCUGGUAGUCCAAUCGAUAUCACGUUUGCUAAGGAUGACACACGAAUAAAAGCAAUUUUAUGGGUCGGCUAUCCGGGACAGGCUGGAGGUGAUGCCAUUGCUCAAGUUAUAUUCGGAGACUAUAAUCCUGCCGGAAGGUCUCCAUUCACAUGGUACCCAAAGGAGUAUGCAGAACAGGUCUCGAUGACAGACAUGAGAAUGAGAGCCAAUGCUUCUUCCAACUUCCCUGGAAGAACCUACAGGUUCUACACUGGGAAACCAAUAUACGAGUUCGGGCAUGGUCUCAGCUACUCAACUUUCACAAAGUCCAUCGUCUCUAUCCCUUCAACACUCAUUGUCCAGUUGAAUUCCCCUUUGGGACUAGAGGUCACCAAUGUCCACCAACAAGAUGGGCAAGCAAUUGAUGUCUCGAUGAUAAAAAAUUGCGACAAGCUGCAAAUCAAGAUCGUGUUGGAGGUUAGAAACAUAGGGACCAUGGUUGGUGACCAUGUGGUUUUGGUUUUUUGGAAGCCACCGAACUCAGAAGUGGUGGCAGGGGAGCCAAACAAGGAGCUGAUUGGGUUCACAACAGUGGAGGUGGAGAAAGGGAAUUCAAGGAAUGUGAGUGUUGGGAUAAACGGGUGCGAGAGGCUAAGUGUUACUGAUGGUGAUGGGAAGAGGAAAUUGGUGACCGGGAAACAUGUGAUUAUGAUUGGAUCGAGCAUCGAACGACCACUAAAGCAUAACAUUGAUGUUAAAGUGGCUGACAAUGGCUAUGAACAUAAGAUUAUUGCAUCAAUGUGAUGUGAAAGACAUAACUCAUUAAUUAUUAUAUAUGAUGCAUAACGAGAGUGAAAAGUUAUGUAUGAUGUGAUGAUGGAUUGGCUCUUUUAUCCAAUCAUGGGUUCAGUGCAACUCAAUAAAUAUUAUGUAUGAUGCAUAAUAAGAGUGUAAAAUUAUGUAUGAUCUGAUGAUAUAUUGGCUCUUUUAUCUAAACUAGAGCGAAAGCUCGCGCUUCGCUCCGGGACUUUCUACUACUCUAAUUAAAAGUGUCUUUUAGAACAAUGUAUAUGUUGUCUUGUAAACUAUUACAGUGAUAAGAAUGCAACCAUUCAAUAACCGAUAAGUAUACCAAUGUAACAUUAUCAAUUUGUAAUCGUAAACGAUCUCAUCGAUAAUAAGCAUUUGAACUAAAAAAAUAGAACAUAACUAACUCUAACUGCAUAUCAUGACAGACAAUGAGCAAACCUAACUCUAUCAUAAAAUUGUUACUCCCCGUCUGUUGUUUUGCAACUUUCUCUUCUCCCUCAUCCCACACCAGUAAAACUUGCAUACAACCUUACAGCCUGUUCCCAAACCUUUAGUCUCCAAGAACCCUCUUCAACUCCCUACCUUAAACUGCAAAUAUUACAUUGCCUAUAUAAUAAACUCAAGGCCAAACAUGCUAGAGUCGACACCUAAAAUAAAUUAGACUUUGUCAACAUAAAGAGUACUCUCACAAUGGACAAAGCCGAAAACAUCAACGAUGUUGUUCCAUAACCUAGUUUCAUCAGAAGAUAACAAAAUGAACCAACUUAGUUGACGACAUAAACAUAAUAUGGAAUCAUCCAAACAAAUUCAUGCAAAUAUUUUCACGUUAUAUCCAAAGAAGCAGCAAGUAAUAAACCUUGAUAAUCAACUCUUAGAUGGACAUAAAGAGACAUGAAAAAUAUGAAACAAUACAAAGGCCUUCAUGAGUUUUACAUGGUUUCAAUUUUUCUAAUUAAUAAUAUGCUCAUCUCAAUGCUUCUUAGUUUUGAUGAAGAGGUCCCAAUUUAUAAUUAAUCUUACCUUAUCCACAAUAUCCCAUGUUUUCACAAAACCACGAGACAAUAGACAUCCUCUUUUGUAGAUCACUAACCAAAAUCGAGAAAAAUUAAUUGAUGAAUUUGCCUGAACUAUUAUAGCUCAAACGGGGGAGAUGAUGGCAAUAAACCAAUUGUUAAGGAAUCCAAUUCUAGAAACCACGGAAUUUUGUGUUACAAAUAUAUAUCAAUAAUCAAUGUGUUGGAAAUACAGUCGAGAAUUUGUGUAACGAAAAAAAUAUUUAAACAUCAAAACUAUCCAAAACAGGGGAGCUAAUGCAGCUUACACAGUAAGCCACCUACUUCACAUAAGUUAUUUGUUAAGAACCUAAUCACCAUGUUGGUUGAUACAACCUGGGUUGGAAAUAAAUCAAAGACUAAUUUAUUAAAAAAUGGUGUACCUAAAUUGUAUAGCAUGUCCUGUGACCUGUGAACUCUAUAAUAAACUGCACACCUUUCUCUAAACCCUGUACUUUCGAACAUCCAAUAACAGGAACAAUAUUUUUUACAACUAAAAGAAAUGAUAAUAUGGGUAGAUGGAAAAGAAGAAUAUGUGGUUUAGUAUUAUCCCCCAAAGUUUGCUACAGUUGUUGAGGCGACUACUUUUGAGGUUGAUUGUAAAACCUACAAUCAUAUGGAUUUAAAGAACUAAUACCCCUAUUCGUCAUCAACUAAAAAGAGAAGAAAAUAAGGGGAAAACGAUAACACCAAAAAGACUACAUCCUCGACGCAAAGAAGGGAAAAGAGAGCCAGUGCAUCAAAUUCAAAAGAACAAUUACCGCAAUAUCUCUAUAUGCUACACUUCUUGAUAAGCAUAAGAAGCCUCAAUUCAGGUCCUCGUCCGCUGAUCUAGUCGUCAUCGUUCAUUUCCAUCGUAGAUCCACAACCUGAAACAACAUAUAUCAAAUGAAACCACCGAGAAAGU